UCAGCCAGCAUCAGAUCCUCAGACUGGAGGAUUUGUUAGCAACAUCCUCCCAGAACCAGCUCCUCCUGUGUAUCAGCAGCUGGUUCCACUCAUGGGCUCAGGACCAGCUCACCUCUACAGUCAGCCAGCGACAGAUAGACAGGGACAGCUGAGACACCCAAAGCUUAAUGUGGUCGGGAUUCCAGACAACAUGAGGCAGUACGUGCGUCCUGUUGGAGAACUGCACGAUGUGCCAUUGUGGGAUUUUGUCACUCCUCCUCCCCCAUCCAACCCUCAACUUCCCCCUUCUUUCCCCACUGGAGCACCCGCUCAGUCAGCAUUAGAUCCUCGGACUGGAAGAUUUCUUAGCUACACCCUCCUGGAACCAGCUCCUCCUGUGUCUCAGCAGCUGGUUCCACUCAUUCUCACUAACACCGCCACAGUGCCAGCUCACCUCUACAGUCAGCCAGGGACAGAUAGGCAGGGACAGCUGAGACACCCAGAGCAUAAUGCGCUCGGGAUUCCAGACAACAUGAGGCAGUACGUGCAUCCUGUUGGAGAACUGCACGAUGUUCCAGUCCGGGAUUUUGUCGUUCCUGCUCCCCCAUCCAACAUCUCCACUCCAAAAAAAAGGAAAUGUGAAGCCCGACAGUAUGAGGACCGGCUGUACAUAAAGAAACCACCAAACGCCUUCAUGCUUUACCUGAAGGAGCAGAGGCCAAAGGUGAUGGCGGAACUGAACAUAACUGGCAGUGCAGCCAUAAAUGCAGUUGUGGGAAAGAGGUGGAGGUCACUCUCAAAAGACCAACAAGCAAAAUAUUUUGAUCAGGCUGAAACGGAGAGUUGCCGUCACGCCACAGAGCAUCCAGACUGGUCCACCAAAGAAAACUACGGCAAAAAGAGGAAGAGAACACGAAAUCGCACCUCAAGCACAGCAUCUGCAUCUGAACCUAAACAGGAAGCUCAACAGGCCAAGAGGCUUUGUGUGACGCCAGCUCAGACACAGCCGUCUUCUUCCUAUUCAGUUGUGAAGGAGCCUCUCAAGCAGCCACAGAGACAGCCAACUGUUACCAACCUGCCUCACCAGCAGUCAGCGUGUGUGCAGCUGCAGAACACACAGACUACAGCUGAUGCGCCUGUGUGUCAAGUAAAUCCGGUCCUCCCAGCUUCUCAUAUGGAUUUCUCUGCAUCUGCAUCACUGGCCUCCUCUGCACCCGUUCAGCUCCAGAAACAGGCCCCUUUUGUCAGUGACACUAAUGAAGCACUGCUGUCAGUGGUGGAACAGCUUGACCCCCUCCUCACUUCUGAGCAGUUUCAGCAGCCCUCCUCUCCACUCAUUGGUCCUCAGUUAAGUCAGACCAGCCUUGCUUCUCCUGUAUAUUGUGCUCUAUCCACAUUAUAUGCCUCCCCUGACACAUUCUUUAAAAACCAAAAAGAGCCUAUUGGGUUCGCUGACAUUCAGCAUGACAUGUGGCCAAUCCUCCCUGUCACUCCACAGCCUGAUACACUCUCCUGUUCUAAUACUCCUAAAUAUAGUCCGAUCAGCCCUGUUUCUCUGGAGAAUUCCUCUCCAUCCAAAUUGCUGGACUCUUUUGUUGCGCCCACUGAAUGCCAGCCAAUGUCUCCCGUCUUCAGCGAAACUGCAAAAUAUAUGAUGUCACUACUUAACGACCUCGAACCUGGGCCCUUUGCACAGCAUCUACAGCCCUCCUCUCCUCAAGCAGGCUGGUCCUCACCAGAAUCAGAUCAGUCCUGUAGGCCCCCAAACCACAGCUUCCUUCAAACACUGUAUUGAAGGUCUUAGCUCACUGCUUAAUUAGCUCGAGGUUCCACCCUUUUCUGCAGAGCUUCAACAGUCCUG